AUGGGCCGUGGAAAAGAACCUGAACUGCCUACAAGCAACCCAGUGGAAGCUAAGAAGUACCGAGACGAAGCCAGUGGUCACAACAAGAAUAGAAAUUAUGAGCGGGCUCUUGCUUCGCUUGCUAAGCAACAUGUCAUCCAUACGACCCGUCCGACCAUACUAUUGAACUCGGAGGCGAUAAGAGUGUGGGAAAACACAUUCAGUCGCCAUGACAACCACAGCUCGGGCGUCGAAAUCGAUGACACUUCACACAUCUUUACAUAA